CACUCGAGAGUUAUCGUCCUUGGUCUCAGUCGUCCAAAGCACGUUGUCAGUUGCAGUCAUUGUUUCUGUAAGCUUUGAUCUUCGUGUUGUUGUUGCUGCUGUCGAGUCCGUAACCCUUGACAAUGAUGUCUGUGAGGCUAUUAAAUUCCAAGCCGAUGAUGCUCAAUGUGUUUCGAAGGACCUUCUCUCAAGUGUCAGGUCUUAAUGAUGUGAUAAUAGCCAGCUAUGUGAGGACACCCAUCAUUCCCUUCCUGGGUGCCAUGGCAUCGGUGCCUGCACCGAAACUGGGGUCAGUGGUCAUUACCGAAGCUCUGAAGAAAGCAGGUAUCAGCAGUGAAGAUGUGCAGGAGGUGUACAUGGGCAACGUAUUGCAAGCUGCAUCCGGACAGGCACCAACACGUCAAGCUCUCCUUGGAGCAGGUUUGCCCAUCUCAACUCCGGCCACAACCGUGAACAAAGUCUGUGCUUCUGGUAUGAAGUCUGUUAUGUUGGCUGCCCAGAGUUUAAUGUGUGGACACCAGGAUGUCAUGGUUGCUGGUGGAAUGGAAAGUAUGUCGAAUGUACCACUUUAUAUGCUACGAUCUGGCACUCCUUAUGGAGGGGUUAAGCUCAUAGAUGGAAUUGUUUUUGAUGGAUUAACUGAUGCCUAUGAUCACAUCCAUAUGGGAAACUGUGCUGAAGACACUGCUAAAAAAUAUGACAUCUCACGUACAGAGCAAGAUGAACAUGCUGUCAUGAGUUACAAACGUAGUCAGAAGGCUUUUCACGAGGGUGUCUUGGCAGCCGAAAUUACACCUGUUCAGAUACCAAAGAAAAAAGGAGAAGCAGUAACCAUAUCUGAAGAUGAAGAGUUACAUAAAAUGAAACUAGACAAAGUGCCCAGUCUCAGACCAGUGUUCCAAAAGGCAGAAGGUACCGUGACUGUAGCUAACUCCAGCAAAUUAGAUGAUGGUGCUGCUGCUAUGGUUCUCAUGACAGCACAGGCAGCCGACAGGUUAAAGGUGAAACCACUGGCUCGAAUUGUUGGUUUUGCUGAUGCUGCCAAGAACCCAAUUGAUUUCCCAACAGCCCCAGCUGUGGCCAUGGAGAAGCUUUUGGCUCAGUUUGGUAAGAAUGUAUCUGACAUAUCAAUGUGGGAAAUAAACGAAGCAUUCAGUGUGGUUGUAUUGGCCUGCAACAAAUUGAUGGGUCUUGAUCCGGCCAAAGUGAACAUUCAUGGUGGUGCCGUUAGUUUGGGCCACCCAAUCGGAAUGUCUGGAACCCGAAUCACAGGGAGGAUGGCAUUGAACCUGAAACCUGGAGAACUUGGAGUUGCUGGAAUCUGUAACGGUGGCGGUGGCGCUUCAGCCAUAAUGAUUGAAGGUCUUUAGACUGAACCUCAGCACUUAGGAUUGUGCUUAGUUGUAGGAGCAGAACGUUGACAACUUGGUGCUGCUGUUAUAUAUAUUUUUUUACAUAUCACCUUUUGUUGUGUCACCAGAUGACUCACUAGGUGACUCACUAGAUGACUCACAAAGGGGACCCACUAGAUGACUCACAAAGCCUUCUCUUCAGACUGACUACCCAGCUCUUUCUGUCUCAUUACAACCACUAAGGGUGCCAUUUCUCCAACAAGCAAUGUCUUCCUACCCCACCCCCCAACAGUCCCAUAGUAUUAUUAUUAUCAACAUCAUUCCUUACUACCGCUAGCAUCUUGCUAUUUAGACAUAGAUAUAUAUUUUAUAAUUACACUACUAGUGUUCAGUUUGGGAGACAUUAGCUCAGUAUAGUUAAGCAUUAGUAGGAGAGAGAGAGAGCUGAUGUCCACUAUUUAGUUACUAGUCUAUUUGUUUUGAACUCUACUUCAGGUUGUGGGACACAGACACACAUACACAUGAAUGUGUAUAUAUUUUAUUAUUUUCUACACAUAAUACAGAUCAUUAUACAUACACAUGUGUAUGUUAAUUAUAUAUAUAUAUAUACAAUAAAAUAUGCUUCAACACAAGAAUUCACAUGAAUCUUGCAAACCAAAUACAAAAUCGAAAUAUAUGUAUAUAUGUGUUUGUAUAUAUAUAUACAUAUAUAUAUAACACAUGUCUAUCUCUAUAAAUCGCAUGAAGUAUGAAGAAGCAUUAUCAGGCAAACACUGGAAUGUUAAUGAAACGACUGUUUUGCUUUCCAUCGAGCUACAUGUUUGUCCAAUGUCUUUUCCCAUGCACUCUUUAUCUGAUAACAUAUUUGUGAAUAAAUAUAUAUCCAGUCUCAUUAUAUAUAUAUACACAGACAGAGGGUGCGGCAGAAGUAAGACCCUUUUGUAUUUGAUUUUUCCAGUUUCUAAUCGAGUUUCUUUUUAAUUUCCUAAAAUUUCUGCGAUUUUUUUCAUUCGUUUAUUAUUCAUUUCUUUAAUUAAUGCAAUAAAUUUGUGUUCAAUAAAAAAUUACUUAAUAAACAUCUAUAUACUAUAAAAGUUAUUAAAUGCAAAAAAAAAGCAUUACUUCUGCCGCACCGUGUGUGUAUAUAUAUAUAUAUAUAUAUACACACCUACAAUCAAGUUAGUUCUGAAUUUAUGAAAUCUGUGAUCCCUGUAAAAUAUUUAUGAAAUUUUGAUAUGUUAAA